GAGGCGGGGGGUGUGAUGGCGGCCGCUGAGGGGCCGCACGUGACGGGCCGCCGCUGAGGGGAGCCGCCGACGGCCGGGCCGGGGCCCAGAUUUUUCCAAAGGGAAAUUGCAAUAAUAAAGAUAAUCUGAUUUGGAAAGAUUUCCCUCUUUUGUGGGGGAAAUUGAUUGAAUGCAUGAAAAGAAAUAAUGGCUAGCUAUAAGCCUGUAGUUAUUCAGACCUAUCCAAAGCUUGGUGAAAAAAUCACCCACGAUACACUGUACUGGAAGAAUUUCAAGACUCCUGUUCAGAUCAAGGAAUUUGGCGCCGUGACCAAAGUCGACUUCUCCCCCUGCUCUCCCUUCAACUACGCCGUCACAGCCUCUUCCAGGAUCCACAUCUAUGGCCGCUACUCCCAGGCACCGAUUAAGACGUUCUCCCGCUUCAAGGACACCGCGUACUGUGCCACCUACCGAGGCGACGGCCAACUGCUCGCUGCCGGCGGGGAAGAAGGGGGCGUCCAGCUGUUCGAUAUCAGCGGCAGGGCCCCUCUGAGACAGUUCGAGGGCCACACGAAAGCGGUUCAUGUAGUAGAUUUUACAGCUGAUCGGUACCGGAUCCUUUCUGGAGCUGAUGAUUACACGUCCAAGUUGUGGGACAUUCCGAACGGGAAAGAGAUCACAUCCUUCAGCGAACAUACGGAUUACGUGAGAUGCGGCUGUACGAGCAAGGUGAACGAAGACCUCUUUGUAACAGGUUCGUACGACCACACCGUGAAGAUGUUCGAUAGCCGAAGCCAGAAGAGCGUCAUGACCAUUAUGCAUGGACAACCCGUGGAGAGUGUCCUGCUUUUCCCAUCUGGAGGUCUGCUAGUGUCAGCAGGCGGUCGUUACGUUAAGGUCUGGGACAUUCUAAGGGGAGGACAGUUGCUAGUGUCUUUGAGAAACCAUCACAAAACAGUAACGUGUUUAUGUCUGACCAGCUCUGGACAAAGAUUACUCUCCGGCUCACUGGACAGGCAUGUGAAAGUGUACAGCACGGCCUCAUACAAAGUUGUCCAUACUUUUACCUAUGCGGCAUCAAUCCUAAGCCUGGCUCUGGCGCCCGAAGAUGAGACUCUCAUUGUAGGGAUGACCAAUGGAGUGCUGAAUGUCAGACACCGAAAACCUGAAGUCAGAAAGGAGCAGCACUCUUCCCGGAGGCGGAGGCCGGCUUAUCGAACUUUUGUGAAAGGGAGGAAUUAUAUGCCGAAACAGGCUGACUUCGUGGUUAAGAAACAGUCGAAACAGCUCCUGAAGUUGUACGACAAAGACCUGAAAAGCUUCCAGGUCUCUAAGGCUCUUGACACAGUUCUUCAGUCCAGAGAUAGAAGGAGGCAUCCAGAAACUGCCGUUGCCAUCAUGCAGGAGUUAAAUCGCCGAGGAACUCUCGCAAACGCCCUGGCGGGCCGAGACGAGCAGCAACUCAGCAGGAUCCUCAACUUCCUACUCGGGCACGUGGUAGAGCCUAGGUUUGCCCCAGCCCUGUUAAACGUUGCAGAAAUGGUCAUUGACAUCUACCUGCCCAUGGCCGGAGUGUCCUCCAUCAUCGACAGACAAUUUUUGCAACUCCAAGAGCUUCUCGAGAAAGAGAUUGGCUACCAGGAGGAACUUCUGGAAGCCUUGGGGAUGAUGGAUAUGCUCUUCGCUACCAUGAUGAGGAAACCAAGCACUUCCAUAACGGAGAACAAGCCCAAUGGCAUUUCCAGGGAGCAGGAACAUGAUAAAAGCAAUGUGUCUACUUGAUGCCAUGAAUGGUCAACAGCACCACUGGACUUGAGCCCAAGAAGUAUUUGAGAGAACUCUUUUGUGUACAGUGCUGGUUUUCUAAGUACAACUUCUUCCUCGAAGAAGUUCCCAAAGUGAUGGUUUAGAAGAGAUACUGAGUGGGUACAUGAUGUUGGGAAAAUAAAUCCCAGUUUUAAGA